AUGUCGAAUUCAAGAGCCGGAGAGGAAUCCUUUAUGAAAAGGACAGAAGUGGGCCUUCAGGAAUUUUUGAAGGCGAGAGUGAGAAAAUCGGAAUUUAGGGUCAGAAAUAAGAGAGAGCCAUUGCUUAGACACAGACUGAAACUUAACGACAACUAUUUGGCAACAAAGAACGGUGUCAAUGACCCAAAGUUGGUCAUAAUCAAGCAACUGUAUGACACCGAUUUGAACCCCCAACAUUGUCGCUUCUCAAUCCCUGUAAAUCAAGUUAUUGACAGGGACUUUCUCUCGCCAGAAGACAGAAGGAGACUGGAUAAUCGUGAAGCCAUUGAUGUUACGCUCAUCCAGCCAUGCCUUGAAGAAAAGCCAAUGCAUUUGAAGAAAUGGAUCAUGAACAGGACUGGCAUUUACGUCUUGAAUAAAGGCUGGAAUUCUGUGAUCAGAAACAGGAAAAACAGUCUCCGUCUUAAUUCCACCGUCGAGAUUUGGUCCUUUACCUGGAAUGGGGCGCUCUACUUUGCACUUUCUACUAGAGAUGAUGAUACUCAUACUGCUAUCUGUGCUGGCAGUGGAAGGAAUGGCAAGUCUGGAGAUUUGAAUGAAGAUAUGGAGCCAACUUCUGAUGAUGAUGAAAGUGGUACUAUUACCUUUCAGGAAGAUGUUUAA